CAAUCAGCGACGCUCGGACUGUGGGAAACGGACUAGAGGAUUUCCAAGAUGGUGCUGGAAAGUACUAUGGUCUGUGUAGACAACAGUGAAUACAUGAGGAAUGGAGAUUUCCUGCCCACUAGAUUACAGGCACAGCAGGAUGCUGUCAACAUUGUCUGUCACUCAAAGACCCGUAGUAACCCAGAGAACAAUGUGGGCCUAAUCACAAUGGCAGAUAAUUGUGAGGUCCUAACCACCUUAACACCAGACCCUGGCCGCAUUCUCUCAAAGCUCCAUGCGGUUCAGCCACUUGGAAAAAUCUCAUUCUGCACCAGCAUACGAGUGGCACACUUGGCACUAAAGCAUAGACAAGGCAAGAACCACAAGAUGAGGAUUGUUGCUUUUGUGGGCAGCCCAGUAGAGGACAACGAAAAAGAUAUAGUGAAGUUGGCAAAGCGGUUGAAAAAAGAAAAGGUCAAUGUUGAUGUGAUCAAUUUUGGAGAAGAGGAGAUGAACACAGAGAAACUAACUGCAUUUGUGAACACUCUGAAUGGAAAGGAGGGCACAGGUUCUCAUCUGGUCACGGUGCCCCCUGGGCCCAGCCUGGCUGAUGCCCUGCUGUCUUCUCCCAUCCUGGUUGGUGAGGGUGGUACCAUGAUGGGCCUGGGUGCAAGUGACUUUGAGUUUGGAGUGGACCCCAGUGCGGACCCAGAACUGGCCCUGGCUCUGCGUGUAUCUAUGGAGGAACAAAGGCAGAGGCAGGAAGAGGAGGCUCGUAGGGCGACUGUCCAAUCAGCAGCUGAGGCUGGCAUUCCCACCUCAACCGCUGACGAAUCAGAGGAAGCUCUUCUGAAGAUGUCUGCCUCUCAGCCUGAGACUGGUGUGGCAGCACUGCCGGACUUCAGCAGCAUGACAGAGGAGGAGCAGAUAGCCUAUGCCAUGCAGAUGUCCCUGGCAGGUGGAGAAUUUGGAGAAUCAGUGGAUACGGGAGCUCCAAUGGACACUGCGGAAUCUAAGGAAGAUGAUGAUUAUGAUGUAAUGCAGGACCCAGAAUUCCUCCAAAGUGUCCUGGAGAAUCUACCUGGUGUUGAUCCCAACAAUGAGGCCAUCCGCAAUGCCAUGGGCUCCCUAGCCUCUCAGAGUGGUAACAAACAAGAGGGGAAAAAAGAUGAUGAGAAGAAGAAUUAAAUUCAAGUGUUCUGUUACUGAUUGAUGUACGUGCCAUUUGACAUGUGAAAUGAGUUCCUUCAAAAAGUGGCCAUCAAAAGUCCUUAUAAAAGCAGUUUUAGGUGCAUAUGGAGUUGCGGAGACAUUCACUACCAAAUUACUGCAGUGUUGUGUGGUACCUCAAAAAUUCACACAUAGCUUGCUAAUGAUCUUUUCCCCCUUCUGCUCUGUGCAUAACUGAUUAAAUAUUUGAUAAACCCAUGCAAA